CUCCCGCCUUCAAUCUCCUCUAUCACAGCAAUAGUGAGAGCUUCGGGAGAUCGAACUUGCGCUUUACCAUCUCGUUUACCGGUUACUUAAAUGUCAGGAAGGUGUUUGAACUUCGAAAAUCCAAUCCGAGACUCCAUUUCCAGGAUCAGAUUCGCUCCAGAGUCCAACAACCUGCUCAUUUCUUCCUGGGAUUCCACUCUUCGAGUGUAUGAUGUAGAUUCUUCUGUAACAAAAGUAGAGUUUCCGGCCGAGACUCCAAUUCUUGAUUGCUGCUUUCAGAUUGAGUCGGUUGCUUUUAGUGCUGCUUCUGAUGGAUUUAUUAAAAGUUAUGAUUUGCAUUCAGGAACACAUGAUAACAUCGGGAAGCACAGUGAUACUGUGACUUGUCUGGAAUAUUCUGAUGAAACUUGCCAGUUAAUCUCUACCGGAUGGGACAAAAAAAUGAUGUCCUGGGAUACAAGGUCUGCAAGUCAUAUUGGAUGCUUUGAAACUCUAGAUGCGAAGAUCGAGACAAUAUCAAUUUAUGGCUUAUAUUUGAUGGCUGCCUCUGGAAAAUCAGUCAACAUCUAUGACUUGCGUGACUUGAGCAAAUCUGUUCACACCAAAGAAUUGUGUAUGGAGACUAGAGUAAAGUGUGUUCGUCCAAUUUUCAGCCCCCAAGGGUUCGUAGCUGGAUCAUUUGAUGGACGGGUGACAUUGCAAUAUCAUUAUCCAUCAAAUGCUGUUGAUACAGGGUAUACAUUCCGUUGUCAUCCGAAGUCUAAAGACAAAAAACAUCUUCUAGCAUCAGUAAAUGACAUAGUAUUCAAUCCUUGCUUAAAUGGUGCAUUUGUUACUGGGGACAACGAGGGAUAUGUAAUACUAUGGAAUGCUCAAAGUAAGAGAAAAAUACUAGAGCUGCCCAGAUAUCCCAAUAGUGUGGCAUCCUUAUCAUAUAACCAUAAAGGGCAACUACUAGCUGUUGCAUCAAGCCACACAUACCAAGAACUAAACGAAAUAGAGGAUACAACUCAUAUAUUUGUGGUUGAAAUGGAUGCUGAAAUUCCAAAAGAAGAAAACAUUAUCUAAAAAAUAGGCUCGAACUUAGGACCUUAGAGGCGUCGGAGAUAUCUACUUUUUUUUGUCGCUGGUAUGACUUUAACUUAUAGUGUUCCUAGUGGAAUUGUACUUGUAUCUCUUAAUGAGUUGUAAUGAUUCCUUCUAAAUCUUUGACAUCACUUAGGUGCAAUAUGUAAGUUUCUCUCUUAACUUUACUAUCUUAUUUUGUCACAAUUACUAUUGACAUUGAUUUUUGGU